GCAAAUCGUUUCGGACCCGGGACCAGGCAACGUCUGCCAAAAAAAAAUAAAGUUUACUUUCAAAUUCUCUAACCUUUAUAUUUCAAUAUACACGUGAUUCGCUAACAUUUUUUUAAAGUUUAAAAAAGUUCAAAAAUUUUAAAUUGAUAAAAUUUUUUUUUUUUUUAUAUAAAAAGAUUUAUUACGAAAUUAAAUGAAAGAUAAAGAAAAAAAAGUUGCUUUUCUAAACUUGCAAGUAACUUGGGAGAGUAUUAUAAAAGUGGAUGUUUAAUUUCAUUCAUACUCGAGUAUUUGAACCCAACUCUCUUUGGGAGCGUGGGACAUUUUAUAUAAUUAACAGUGAUUGUUUGCCGUAUUUUUUUUUUCUAAUAGACACACAGAAGUCUGAAUGCAAUUUCUAAGAUGUUUGUAUCAUUUACUAGUUUUAUUUUAACGAUAAGUCUACUAAGUAUUGAAUGUGAGGGAUGUACAGAUUAUGGUUGUCCCUUGGGACCACCAAUUUACGAACCAUUUCUACCGGCUGCUCCGGGCAAUACUCCACAUUGCGCGCAACCAGGACAAACAUUUUGCGAAAAUUUAGAUCACUAUCCACAGCAGCUUAUAAAUUUUCUCGUCGAAAAAUGCACGUUCGAUUUCAAAACUAUUCUCAAAGAUGAAUCAUCAGAUGAUUUCAAUUCCUAUAGGAAAGUACCAAAUUAUAAUCGAGGUUAUGAAUAUAAUAGACCGUCUCAAGGUUUCUCGCAAAAUUUACCCUUAUUAAAGGAACAUCAAUUUCGUCAACCAGCCUUAGUUUAUGGAACGCCGUUUAAUUCUACUUUUCAAACAAGAACACACCAGACCGAACCCAAUAGAAAUCCGUUCAUACUCCCCACCACUUUUACGGAAAAUCGUCAACAAUUUCGACAAAAAUCCGAAAUUAUGUCAAACAAAUAUUAUCAGCCUUUAGAUCCACUGAAUUUAAGUCAAAGUUUCUGGAUAAAUAGAUUCACACGUGAAAAUGAUAUGGAUCUAUUGUCACGGACACGUCGUAAAAAUCCCCUUUUGGAAUUUGUCAACAAAAAAAAUGUUGAACGCAAAAAAAGACAAGACAGUAAUGCAAUUUCAAUUUGCCCGACAACAACAAAAUUUGUUUAUCCACGAGCCGCACUCAAUAAUCAGGGGAAUUGGAUGUACAUUGUUAAUACCGAAGAAAUCACGAAAAAGCAUUCACAAAUUAUCAGAAGCGAAGUUUGCGAAACCGAUACGUGUAAUGAAUUAUGUACACUUCCAAUUGGUUACACGAGCAGAUGUGCGCAACAAUACGUGCAAAAAAGACUCGUCGCUCUUGAGGGAAGUGGCGAUCGUUUAUACACGGAUAUUUUUUGGUUUCCACACGGUUGCAUGUGUCAAGUAGUGGCAGAAUUUUAAAUUCUUUUUUUUUUGCUUUUAAUGAAAGGCUGUUUUUUUUGUCACGCUGCUCUUUUUUUUCCUUUUUUUGUUCUCAUUCAUUUUUCAUCCAACUAGCGGCAAGUAAUUAA